GGGCGGCGCACCAGUGUAUCCUCGACACGGUAAUUCACGCACUGGCUGGCUUGCCGCGACGGAUCCCAUGGCGCCACACCCAGCGCACUUCGUCCACUUUGGCUGUGCAUCGCCGCUCUUUUGCGACUCGUACACUCGGAAUAACAAGAGCACCGGGCACAAGAACCUUCGGUGCUUUCCGCAUUGCUGCGGCACGCACCGACCCAAUUCGUUCUGCGGCGCGUCCAUCGUCGUCGAGUGCCUGGUUCAACGGCCAACACGAGCGAUUGUCAGCUAUUGCCGCUUCGAAGCGUCCGACAUGGCCGAACAAGUGAUCCAAGUCGACGAAAGUGUGCCGACCGAGACGCUGAUGGCAGAAGUCAAAUCGACGGACGUGCCCCUCGGGCCAUGGAUGGCUGGCGACCGCCUCGACGUUCCUUCUACCGACAUCAUCCGAUUCGAGUACAAUCGCGUGCGGCAGUCGUGGCACUACGGGUGGCGUUCGAAUCGAUUCAACUGCAAUAUCAAGCAUACCUUUGUGGUGUAUGUGUUUGAGCAGCAUCCCGGGACCCUGCGCUGCAUCAGUCGUGUGGCAUCUCCUCCGUUCACCAUUUGCUCCACAAGGCGCAGUAUCGCCAAGCUGCCAUCCUCCCCAGGUAACAAGUUCGAGCGAUGGCCUGGCCUCGCACUGCUGUGUUGGGUGUGCUGUAGGGGGAGGUCCGUCGGACGACGACAUCAAACCUGAAUCAUCCCCUCAGCGGAAGCGGUCCCGCACAGUCAAGUCGCCGGCCCCCACCCAGAACGGAACCUUGUCUCUGCCCACCAACCACGACGACCAAAACGAUGACAUCGAGACCGCGAUGGAUGAAAUGCUCCAGCUCGCCGAUAUUUACGCUCGAAGCGGUGUUGUGGUUGACAAGGCGAACCACGAGCGCUUGGACAUUGCGCCAGCCAGUCCAACGUAUACGCUGCUACUGGAGCUGCUCGAGCGACACUUGUUCACGCGCGUCACGCUCGAAUUCGUCCAAAGGCGCUUAGACCAAGUCGACGUGAGUUUGCACGACUCGUUUCGUCAGUUGGUCUGGUUCCUGUGGAACCAAGUCAGCCAUGCCCUCGACGCGCACCAACUCACAGUCCGCGACCUCAUCGAACUCGUCCAGCGCGACUUUCCAUUGUGCGAGUUCGCUCGAGACUACGACGCGUGGAUCCAUCAUUAUACCACGGUGGCCACCGAAUUGAAAAAGACGACGAUGCUGCGAGACAUCCCCGCACCGUUUGCAUCGAAAGAUCGCCGACCUAUCUUUGGGCGGUGGCAGCGCGAAACACCCGCGCGACAUUGCCAGCUCGUCCAGCAGCAUCUGCUCGAGCGCGGCAGCCGCAUUUGGACGUGCUUUGAAGGGUGCGACAGUUCCCCGACUACUGUACAGAUGCGAUGGGAGUGCGCGGUGUAUGCCCCAUGGACAACGUUCCGCCUCGACCAACUGCCGCAGAGCCAUCCCCAUCAGCUCCUCGGCCCGAGCGGUCUCCCCACGCUCGGCAGCGGGAUGCACCUCUGCGGCACGCGGGCGUGGGAAGAAAAUCAUGGUUGAGAUGGCACCUGCCGGCCAAAAACAGGCGCCUCGAUAGCUCCUAACGUGUACCGUAGGAGAUACAUUGGUCGUGGAGUGGUAUUUCUGGCCAGGCGAUGGGCUCCUCGCCCGCAAGCGCGUGCGGGAGCGGUUCACGCUGCUCGCGAGCACGACCAACGGCAUGAUGCGCCAGCAAUUCGUCGAGAUGUGCUGGGACAAGACCCACGGCGCAGUCGCAGGCACGGACGACGUGCAGCGUGUGCUGCUGCCAGCAAACUGGCAAGUGCACCACGUUGAAACAUCCUACUACCGUCGAUUUGGAGCCGACGCCACCAACCCGCAUGCAUCGGGCGACGCUCACGGAUGACACGACGGCGGCGGUGGACGCACCAGUGGCGUACAAUAGGAAUAAAAUAUUUAAAGUCGGUCAAUACAAAAAAGAGGACACUUCCCA